AAAUGAAGUAUCCCGAAAUUCACGAAACCUCGCAAGAAGCAAAAAAGGAAAUUAUACGAACAGCGGCGAAAUGCAACAUAUCGCCAGCUAUUUGGUCAGAACUGCUCGAGUGGGCGGAAAAACAUAUUCCACGUUUGCUUCGUGAAGUAGUUCAAAGCCACGUUUCAAAUGCUCCAAAAAUUGCAGAUAUGAUUCUACAAAAACAUUGUUUCACGGAAAACAAAUUUUCUUCGUUUCAUUUGGCGGCGUUUAAUGAAGGAAACUACGCGGACAAAAUAAUGCAAGCGUUAUUUGAUAGCAAAAGAAUUCUAACCGUGACCGACAGUGGACUUACUCCGGCUCACAUCGCAGCCCAAAAUGAGUCGAAUUGCGGAAGUAGGCUCAUGAAAGUUCUGCUGGAUAACGGAGCGGACCCAAAUGCGCGUUUCCAAGACGGAACUACACCCGUUCACUGGGCAGCCACAAAUCAAGGAAAACAUGCAGUCGAUAUUUUAAAACUCUUACUCGAUCACGGUGGCGAUGUCGAUAAGAUCGAUGAAAAUGGUUUCAAGCCAAUUCAUUAUGCAACCAUGAAUACCAGCGAUUCAGCGCCUAAACUAUUAGACUUGCUCCUCGAAAAACGAAGUGCUUGCAUCGUCGAAAGCACUGGAAGUACAUUACUCCACUUGGCAGUGUUAAACAAUGGUGGCUGUGCACAAGAUAUCAUUCUUCUGCAAAUGAGCGGCGAUCCGAAUGCUGUUGACCAAUCAGGAUGGACACCUGUUCAUUACGCAGCGGCUAGUGAAAACGACUAUGCCCAUGAAAAACUGAAACUUUUGUUAGCUUGUAACGGAAAUUUAACUAUUCAAGACAACGAUGGAUUCACACCUAUUCAUUGUGCCAUCAUCAAUAAAGGGAAAUGUGGGGACGAAAUGAGGAAAUUAGUGGGUGUAAACCCAGAAAAAACAAACGCUUACCUCAACAGCAAUGGUGAGACGCUCCUCCAUUGCCUUGUCAGCAAAAAUGACGGUAAACUGGAUCAUGUUCAAAUGGUAAUCCAAAAUGGAGGCAAUCCGAACGCAACGGACAAGUUUGGACGUUCACCUGUUCAUUCAGUCGUCAUCUCAAACGAAUCACUUGUGGGACUAGAUAUGUUGAGACUGCUGCUUGCAAAUGGAGGAAACGUUAACCUACAGGACUAUGAAAACCAAUUUACACCAGUUCAUUAUGCGGCAUCUAGUUUGAAAUUGAGAGUGCCUGAAAAAAUGAAGAUCCUCCUUAACAGCGGCGGAGAUGUAAACAAGCAGGGCAAUGAUGGGAUCACGCCCCUACGUUUAGCGGUUGCAAACUCCGGAAUUUACGGACCUCUAGUGACAAGAAUGUUACUCGAAUUUGGAGCUGACGUGAAUGCCAUUGAUGUUAAUCAACAAACGCCCUUGCACGAAGCAAUCAGAAAUGAGAACGAUGACAUUAGGUUUGACGCUAUCCAGCAACUCAUCGAAAAAGAUGCAAAUCCUAACGCUCGCGACAGCAACGGAUGGACACCGAUGCAUUACGCCGUUCAAUAUAGAAAACGUGCUUCGGCCAAAGUCGUGGAAUUUCUGCUACAACACGGAGGAAACAUGAACAUUGCAGACAAUGGAGGUGGAAUUGCUUUCAACACUGUCUACUGGUUACUCAUCUUACUCAUUUCCUUCAUUAUUCUUUAUCUUCUCCGCUGGAAACCCAAUUACCGACUUCUUACUGAACGCUUAGAUGGACUAGAAGAUCUCCCGCCACCUGUGAAACGAGCCAGCCAUUGGGUACAUUUGCUAAAUUUCUCCAUCGAUGAAGAAGCAAUCGGCACAGACGGCACCACUUUUCUCUGGUUUCAAUAUCGAUUGAUUCAAAUUGAAUUCCUCAGAAUGGCUCUUGGUAUCGUUUUGAUUAUCAUGCAUUUCCACAGCGACAAAUUGGGUGAAUGGCCUAACAAAACUCUUCGUUCUACGGGUCUUUACAAUAGUGGCGUUAAUGGGACUCACGGUGUCAUCUGCAGUGCAAUUCUAACAGUGUUGAUUUGGCUGAUGAGGAAGCAGGGGCAACAUCGUUGUAUCCGCUCAUUGGCCAGUCACGACGGCAAUAGCAAUUCGAGCAUUUGUAAUCGCAGAUGGCUCAUGAUUACUGGACUUCCACUUACAACCACUGUCGAUUCGCUAUUAGAAUAUUUGAUGUGCACGUUUGAAAGCAGUUUUAGCAAAGGAAUUAACAGGGAAAAGAUUGUGAUGGCCCACGAUCUAAGUCAAUUGCUGCCUGUGAUCGACCGCCUGGAUUUCAUUAGGAACGUUAAAUUGCAGAUAAACGGAAAGAUGGAAGAAAUGCUCACGAUGGAAAAGGACAAAAUCAUCAACACAUAG